AGCCGCGUUUAGGUGGGCGGCGGAACGCAGGUUGACAACAUCUGUUUUCGUGAAGUGAAGUGACAGCUCGGACCCCGAUUUUUAUGUGACGUUAUUUACCUCCCCUUUUUUUGACACCAUUAUGUAGCCGGGUUUGCCCGCCGUCUCUGUCGAAGUCGAUCAGCGAAGCGAUUAGCAAUGGCCCUGCGGAAAGUUAAGGGGAAUCUCGAACGUAUGUUCGACAAAAAUCUGACUGACUUGGUGAGAGGAAUCCGGAAUAACAAGGAGACGGAGGCCAAAUACAUAGCACAAUGUAUGGAAGAAAUAAAGACAGAGUUACGCCAAGACAACCUGGCUGUCAAGGCAAAUGCUGUUGCCAAACUCACCUAUUUACAAAUGCUUGGCUAUGACAUCAGCUGGGCAGGGUUCAACAUCAUAGAAGUGAUGAGUUCGUCAAAAUUCACUUAUAAGAGAAUUGGCUAUUUAUCAGCGUCGCAGUGCUUCCAUCAAGACACUGAGGUGUUGAUGCUGACAACAAACAUGAUUCGGAAGGACCUGAACAGUCAUAACAUGUAUGAUGCCGGAACUGCGCUUACAGGCCUAGCAUGUUUCAUCAGUGGAGACCUUGCAAGAGAUCUAGCCAAUGAUGUCAUGACUUUGCUCACUUCAACCAAACCUUACCUGCGAAAGAAAGCUGUGCUGCUUCUCUACAAGAUCUUUUUGAAGUUCCCAGAAGCACUGAGGCCGGCAUUUCCUCGGCUAAAAGAAAAACUGGAGGAUCCCGACCCUGGUGUUCAGUCUGCAGCAGUGAAUGUCAUUUGUGAGCUCGCUAGGAAAAACCCAAAGAAUUAUCUCAGUCUUGCACCAAUUUUCUUUAAACUUAUGACAACAUCUACUAACAACUGGAUGCUUAUCAAAAUUAUAAAGUUGUUUGGUGCUUUGACUCCCUUAGAGCCAAGAUUAGGCAAGAAGCUGAUAGAGCCCCUCACAAACCUCAUUCACAGCACUUCUGCGAUGUCCUUGUUAUAUGAGUGCAUCAACACCGUCAUUGCUGUGCUCAUUUCUAUUUCAUCAGGGAUGCCCAACCACAACGCCUCCAUACAGCUUUGUGUUCAGAAGUUAAGGAUCUUGAUCGAAGAUUCAGACCAGAACCUUAAAUACUUGGGUCUCUUGGCCAUGUCCAAGAUCUUGAAAACACAUCCUAAAUCUGUUCAGGCCCACAAGGACUUGGUCUUGCAGUGCUUGGAUGAUAAGGAUGAGUCCAUUCGUCUCAGAGCUCUAGAUCUUUUAUAUGGCAUGGUAAGCAAGAAGACUGUGAUGGAAAUAGUUCGCAGGCUAAUGACCCACAUGGAUCGAGCUGAAGGGACCAUGUAUCGCGACGAACUCUUGCAGAAAAUAAUUUUGAUUUGCUCACAGAAUAACUAUCAGUUCAUUUCCAACUUUGAAUGGUACAUCAGCGUGUUAGUUGAGCUAUGCAGAAUGGAAGGAACCCAGCAUGGAAGCCUCAUUGCUAAUCAGCUGAUGGAUGUUGCCAUUAGAGUCAUUGCAGUUAGGGAGUUCACUGUAGGCCAGAUGGCGCUACUGCUGGACAAUGCCCAUGUCAUUGUGGGCCCUGCUGCUGCCAGGUCUUCCAUAGCGGAGGUUCUCUAUGCCGCAGCGUGGAUAUGUGGCGAAUUUUCUCAGUUGUUAGCUAAUCCAAAGGCUACCCUAGAAUCCAUGGUCCGAGGGAAGGUCAUCUCUCUACCAGGUCAUAUUCAAGCUACGUAUGUACAUAAUAUGCUUAAGUUAUAUACCCACAUAAUUGCAACUGCAGAAGAGGAAGAAGAUUCCGAAAUGAUAGAUGAGGUAACAAAUCUCCUAGUAGACCGUCUUCCUGUGUUUGUUUCCUCGGGUGACUUAGAAGUCCAGGAGAGGGCAUCCUGUAUCCUUCAAAUAGUUAAUUACGUUCAGAAGUGUCACAAAAACGGCGAGAAAAUUGGUGCCGACCUUGCACUUCUACUGUCUGGAGAACUAAAUCCUGUAGCUCCCAGGGCUCAGAAGAAAGUGCCAAUUCCAGAUGGCUUGGACUUAGAUGCUUGGAUCAAUGACCCACCAUCAGAGAGUGAAGCAGAUGAUGAUGAGGAAGAUGGAGAAAAGGCAGAUAUCUUUGUGAAAUCAGAGUCAUCCUCUAGAGAACGAAAGAAGGAAAAGUAUGAGCCAACGGAAGACGAACUGCAGAAACUACGUGAUGCUAGAAGAGCGGAACAGGCAAGCAACCCGUAUUACGUCAAGUCACUGUCGCAAUCAUCGCCAAGGCCUAACCAUAAUAACAUUCAAGUUGACGAGAUUCCAGUAGCAGCAUUAGAUCUUAAUGUAUCUCUCAAGAUACCAGGAAUGACAUCAUUAGACAAGUACCAAGUUGUAGAUGGCUGGGAAGGUAGCAAGAAGCGUCAUACUAAGAAACAGAAGAAGCGCAGUAAAAGAAGAGGAAGGGUUUCAUCUAGUAGCGAAGAGGAGAUGCCUCAGACGCACAUAGUGAACACCGAUGUGGGAGAAAUGCCAGAGGGAGCCAAUAUCUCGGAUGAUAAUGAACCAGAUGACAGACCGGAAGACGACCCUCACAGAGCACUUGACAUAGAUCUUGAUGAGCCCUUAGCACCUAAUGAAGUUCUUCCAACUAGAACACACUACGAGGUAAGGGCUAAACCUCCAGAAGAAAAUACAGCGAAUCUCAUCAGUGAAAGUCCCAGUAAGAAGAAGUCCAGUAAAAAGGCAAAACGGGAAAAACAUAAAAAACACGAGAAGACGAAGAAAAGAAAGAAGUCCAAGCGGAGGAGAAGCCACAGGAAAAAGCCUUAUAUUAGAUUAAUCGAUCCAAUACAGGGAGUGUCGGUGUCUGAGGAGGCACCCACCACUGCUAACCAUGUCAAUGGAGUUUCUGGAAACAGAGAGUGAAAAUAAAGUAGCGAGCAAAACAAAGAAGAAAUCAAAAGAGAAAGAUAAGAAGCCUAAGAAAGAUAAAGACAAAGAGAAAGAGAAGAAGAAACAUGAUAAGAAGAGUAAAAAGAAAGGUAAAGGCGACACGGAAGAGAAAGACAGUUCUAGU